AUGAAAUCGCCUGUCCGCCACUGUACCAACCUUAUUGUACUCCUCUCUGAUCUUUCGCGACAAGCUCAUAAUAACCCUUCCGUAAAUAAAACCAGUGUAGACAAGGCAAAUUGUUCACUUUUCUGCAACUCAACAAAGAAGAACCACUCUAGGCUUUCUCGUUGUGGUAAAAGCUGUCGUUUAAGGUGGGAAAAUCACUUAAGACCUGAUCUCAAAAAAGGUGCAUUUACACCAAAGGAAGAACGCCACAUCAUUGAACUCCAUGCUAAAAUGGGGAACAAAUGGGCACACAUGGCUAUUGAGGUCUAUUCCUCUACUUUCUUUCCCAAUUACAUUUUUUUUCUUUCUAAUUCCAAUCCUUCCUUAGCUGCAAUAUCCAAGCAAGCUGCAUACAUUCAUAUUCUUUUGUGA